AUGCAUAAUCAAAAUAAUCGAUCGAGAAACGAAUAUCAACCCAGUCCAGAGAAUGAGCCGUCCUACGAGCUGCAAAAUACACAUAGCGGGCUGUUCCACUCUUCAGAUGAAGAACUAAUAAAUAGGAAUCAAAGAUAUACGAAUCAUAAUACUAGCAUGGGGUCGUUCACCCCUAUCCAGCCUUUACAAUAUCCAGAGCAAUCUCAGCCAACAAAUUUGCAGUACAGCAAUGAUAGUAACAAUAAUAAUAAUAAUAAUAAUAAUAAUAAUAAUAAUAGUAACAAUAAUGCUGGCGAACAAGACGUAUAUGAUGGUUUCGUUAAUCACUACCGCCAACGUCCCCCACCAGUGACCGCGGAAUAUAAUGAUGUUUUUAACGCUAAUAACCAGAAACAACAACCGUUACAGCAAGAUGUUAAUAACGUACCCUCGUAUCCUCUACCAUCAAUAAAUGUGAUUCAAACCACCCCAGAACUUAUACACCAUGGCUCGCAGACAAUGGCAUCUCCCGUUGAAAGACCAUUCUUCAACGAAAACGAUUACUACUAUAACAACAGGAACUCUUCUAGAACACCUCCCAGUAUUGCCUCUAGUGGUGAUGGCUAUGUGGAUCAAGAAGCUAGACCCAUUUUGAAUCAAGCGAACGACAACAUAAACAAUAGUAACAAUCCACAAUACCUUGACCAAAACUUGGAUUAUAAUAAUGGUUAUCAUGGCCUCGACGUUCAGAACUACUACGAUGAUCCAGAAGGCGGUUAUAUCGAUCAGAGAGGGGAUGAUUAUCAGAUCAAUUCAUAUUUGGGAAGAAACGGUGAAAUGGUAGAUCCAUAUGACUAUGAAAAUAGUUCAAGGAAUAUGUCGCUUACAGAGCGCAGAGGAUAUAUGCAUGAUGAUAGUGGACUCGUAGAUGAUGGAAAGGAGGACGCAGAUAGUGUGAAAAGUGGUUAUUCGCAUAGAGACCUGGGUGAAUAUGACAAGGACGAUUUUUCAAGAGAAGAUGAGUAUGACGAUCUGAAUACUAUCGAUAAGUUACAGUUUCAGGCUAAUGGUGUGCCUGCAUCCUCUUCGGUAUCCUCUGUUGUAUCUAGGGAUUCUAAUGUAGUGGCGAGUACUGAUAAGGUAGUCGCAAAUGGAAUGCUGAAAAGAAGUGGGACUGAAAUCAGGAAAUUUAAACUUUGGAAUGGUAAUUUUGUCUUCGACUCUCCGAUCAGUAAAACUCUGUUGGAUCAAUAUUCUAAGACUACAGAGAAUGUAAGCACUUUACCAAAUGAAUUUAAGUUUAUGAGAUACCAGGCUGUGACUUGCGAGCCUAAUCAGCUGGCAGAAAAAAACUUUACCGUCAGACAAUUAAAAUAUCUAACACCGAGGGAAACAGAAUUGAUGUUAGUAGUCACAAUGUAUAAUGAGGACCACAUUUUGUUAGGAAGAACUCUAAAAGGCGUCAUAGACAACGUAAAAUAUAUGGUGAAGAAAAAAAACUCAAGCACUUGGGGACCUGAUGCAUGGAAAAAAAUUGUUGUAUGCAUCAUUUCAGAUGGUCGGUCUAAAAUUAACGAACGCUCCCUAGCAUUGCUAAGCUCAUUAGGUUGCUAUCAAGACGGGUUUGCUAAGGACGAAAUCAACGAAAAGAAAGUAGCAAUGCAUGUCUAUGAGCAUACGACAAUGAUAAAUAUUACAGAUGUUUCGGAAUCAGGCGUAUCCUUGGAAUGUAAUCAAAGCACUGUUCCUAUUCAGCUUCUGUUUUGCUUAAAAGAACAAAACCAGAAGAAAAUUAACUCCCAUAGAUGGGCGUUUGAAGGUUUUGCAGAAUUACUACGUCCUAAUAUUGUCACGUUGUUGGAUGCCGGUACGAUGCCAGGCAAAGAUUCUAUUUACCAACUAUGGAGGGAAUUCAGGAAUCCAAAUGUUGGCGGUGCAUGUGGUGAAAUAAGGACUGAUUUGGGUAAAAGAUUUGUAAAGCUUUUCAAUCCCUUGGUUGCGUCACAGAAUUUUGAAUACAAAAUGUCUAAUAUUUUAGACAAAACUACCGAAUCUAACUUUGGUUUUAUUACCGUUUUGCCGGGGGCAUUCUCUGCUUAUAGGUUCGAAGCUGUGAGAGGUCAACCGUUACAAAAAUAUUUCUACGGUGAAGUUAUGGAAAAUGAAGGCUUCCAUUUUUUCUCUUCUAACAUGUAUCUUGCCGAAGAUCGUAUUUUAUGCUUUGAAGUGGUCACUAAAAAAAAUUGCAAUUGGAUUUUGAAAUAUUGUAGAAGCUCGUAUGCUUCAACAGAUGUUCCAGAAAGGGUACCUGAAUUUAUUCUUCAGAGAAGACGUUGGCUAAACGGUUCUUUUUUUGCCAGUGUUUAUUCUUUCUGUCAUUUUUACCGAGUUUGGAGUAGUGGUCAUAACAUUGGCAGAAAAAUUAUUUUGACCAUUGAAUUUGUUUACCUUUUCUUCAACACAUUGAUAUCAUGGUUUUCUUUGAGUUCGUUUUUCUUGGUCUUUCGAAUUUUGACCGUUUCUAUUGCAUUGUCAUAUCACUCAGCUUUUAAUGUAUUGUCCGUGAUAUUUUUGUGGCUUUAUGGGAUUUGUACUUUGUCGACGUUUAUACUAUCACUGGGAAAUAAACCAAAGAGUACAGAGAAGUUUUAUGUUUUAACCUUCAUUAUUUUUGCGGUGAUGAUGAUUUAUAUGAUAUUUUGCAGUAUAUUCAUGAGUGUCAAAUCUUUCCAGAAUAUUUUGAAAAACGAUACCAUUAGUUUUGAAGGCUUGAUUACCACGGAGGCUUUCAGAGAUAUUGUCAUCUCUUUGGGCUCCACCUACUGUUUGUAUUUGAUCAGUUCAAUUAUCUAUUUGCAACCAUGGCACAUGUUGACAAGUUUUGUUCAAUACAUUUUAUUAAGUCCUUCCUAUAUCAAUGUUCUGAACAUCUAUGCCUUUUGCAAUGUCCACGAUUUAUCAUGGGGUACAAAGGGUGCAAUGGCCAAUCCAUUAGGUAAGAUUAAUACUACGGAAGAUGGUACAUUCAAAAUGGAAGUUCUAGUUUCAAGUUCGGAGAUUCAAGCUAACUACGAUAAGUAUUUAAAAGUUUUGAAAGAUUUUGAUCCGAAGUCUGAAUCCCAGUCUAGUGAGCCGCCAUAUGAAGAAAAGAAAACUGGUUAUUAUGCAAACGUUAGAUCAUUAGUUAUCAUCUUCUGGGUCAUUACAAAUUUCAUCAUCGUUGCCGUUGUCUUAGAGACUGGUGGUAUUGCUGAUUAUAUUGCUUUGAAAUCCAUAACAACUGAUGACACUUCAGAAACAGCAAAGACAGCGGACAUUCCCCUAAUGACAAGCAAGGCGUCGAUCUAUUUUAACGUGAUAUUAUGGUUAGUCGCACUAUCUGCGGUAAUAAGAUUUAUUGGUUGUUCAUGGUAUAUGAUAAUAAGGUUUUUCAAAAAGGUUACAUUCCGUUGA